UGGUGGGCUACUGAAGUCCCUGGGGUCCCAACGAGUCAGACACAACUGAGCACACACGCACACAUUCACACUGGCCAACAGGAGAACACAGAGUCAAUAGAUCCUCUUAACUCAUCAGCUGUCCCUUUUGGAAAACUGCUUUGAUGGAACUAUGCUAGAGAAAAACAAACUUUAGCUCAACAAGGAAAGAUCAUGAGUGGGGAGGAUAAAUGUAUGAUUGACAACAUGGAUCCGCUUGGCAGCUCUCCACUUCCUUGAUCUGCGUAUAAAGACUGUGCUGAGCACCUGGGAUCCUACUUCUCUAGGACAUCACAUUCUGUCUCUUUCAGCAUGUACUCUCUCCAUCUCCUGCUCAGGGCCAGCCCUGCUGCCCUGCUUCUGAUUCUUUGCCUGCAGCUGGGGACCACCAAAGCUCAGGAAGACACAGCCAGUCGACAGUUGAUGACAAUGGACCUGCAGAUGCAAAUAGCAGAGGCGAGUGAAGAGGCCACCUUGGUGCUUAAAGUUUCAACAGAACUGAGGGAAUGCAUGGUGAUUAAAUCUUAUCUUCUAAGCAACAUUCCGAUUGAAGGCAGUUUUAAUUAUAAAUACACCUCCUGCCUCUGUGACAGUCACCCAAGGAGCUUCUUCUGGGACUUGCAAACCAACAGUACAGUAAGAAUAACAGCAGUGGUUGACGUUAUUCGUGAACUAGGUAUCUGCCCAAAUGACUGGGCAGUGAUACCUAUUAAAGCAAAUCGCUUUUCUAUCACCAAGAGCCUACCAUAGUCUGAUCUAAACGGAAGCCUUCGUCUCUGCAUACCCCAACCCUGCCAGCAGAUGAUUUCCUCCAAGGAAAGCUGGGUGGGGUCAAUUAGCUAACUUUAGUCUCUAAAAUAAACUUCUCACAAGCUUCUCUGA